UAACGAUAAAGAAAGUUAUGUAUCUGCAGCUGACAAACAGCUUGCCGCUCUCAUCCACACGGUCUCCCACGCGCACACAUUCGCACACACAGACAGACACACAGACUCACACGCAAUUGCGACACGAAAACACAUUCGCAGCCAUGCACACGAGAAACCCUGCAGGCAGAAACUCCCAACAAACAGAAGCUUGUCGUCGUCCGUGGAUUCCACACACAUAACAUACGCAAGUAAGGUGUGUAUGGUAGGGCACAUACAUGCAGAUGCACUGAUAUAUAAGAGAUAGAUGCACACACACGAGAAUAAAGGUAGGUGGAUAAAGGAGGACUCACUCACCGAGGUCCUCUCAAUUGGCUGGCUGUAAAAAUGCCAUAUAUAUAUGAUGCACACGUACGUCUACACAGCCACUGACUUAACUGGGGGUCGGUGGGAGGGGUGACGACACGCACACACAACACAUCACAUUCAAAGAGGGAGGGAUACGGAAGGCGAGAAAAAUGAUGAAUGAUACACACACCGAUGGAUGCAUCACACACUCAGUCAGGACGGGAGGACUUUUCUCGCUCACGCGUGCCCUUCUCACUUACAGACAGACACCAUCCCACCAUCCCAUCAUCAUAAAGCACCCCAUCAGCCAUGAAGCGCAACCGACGCCCUCGCUGUCUGUCAUGGUCUGUCAGCACCCCGCUGGCCGUCCUGCGGUGUCUCCUGACCACUUGUCGAUGUCCUCGUUGUGCCAUUUCUCUACCCACCUGUGCCCGCCGAUGCCGCCCACGCCCCAUCGGUCGCCCCAGUUGUUGCCCCACCGGUCGCCCUGCGCGUUGGAUGCCCACUUGGAGGUCCACUUCUCGCCUGCACAACCAGCCAGCAAGGGGACCAGACCACGUGUGUGGCGGUGGGUAUGUGUGUGGGUAUGGGUGUGGGUGUGGGUGUAGUUGUGUACUGUACCAGCUCCAUCGAGUGAGAUGUCUUCGCCCCACUCUUCCUCCCACUGGUCGCCGCUGGCCCGUCGGCCCGUCUUCUUGGCGCGCUUCUUGUUCUCGUUCUCCUCCAGCCACGUCUCCAACCACGCAUCGCCCUGAGAUCAAUCAAAGUGACAGACACACAGGGCUGAUGGCUGAUGGAUGGCGGGGCGAUAUGAUAGGACUGACUGACCUGUGCGUUGUGUCCCUUCUUUUCUGCGAACUUGACGAGGCCCUUCUGCGUGAGCUGCUCGGACCACUGCUCCUCCCACGCGUCGCCACGACUGAUGGAUGGAGGGAGGGAUGGAUGGAUGGAUGGAACGACGAACCAUCAAAAGGAAGCAAGACAAGACAGUGGAUUUUCAUGGCCUGCAGGGGCAAUCACCACAGCGGUACGGUACACUUACGCGUUCUGUCCGGUCUUUUGUGCCAUCUUGUGUCCAGGCUUCUCGUUCCAUUUCUGCAAGCCGGCCAGCCACAAACAUACACACACAGAGAACCCCACAUCGAUGCAUCAGACGCUCGUGUGUUGGCCCUCCUCCCUCCCUCCCUCCCUGACUCCCUCCCUGUCUUGUCUGUCUGGCUGACCUCCAUCCACUUGUCGCCGCUCCCAGCGUUGUAUCCCUCCUUGAAGGCCCACUUCUCGCUCUGGUCGGCGCACUCACCGAACCGAUCGGCGAACCAAUUCGUCACCUCACGGCCGCCGAACUCGCCAGCCCUGAGAGGGAGGGUGACAGACACAGUGACAGACACAUGUGCUGUGUUGCGUUGCGCAGCGUAUGUGGACACGUGACGUACCUCCAUGCGGUGCCCUCUUUGAUGGUCUUGGUGUUGCCCGCGCCGUCGUCGUCCCACUUCUCUGUCCACUCCUCACCCUCACCGCCACCCUGGACAAAGACAGAGAAAAGACACAUUGGUGAAAGAAGGUGACUCUCCACUCAUAGAUCGAGAUCGAACUGCCUGCCUUUGGUCUCACCUCAGCCCUGCCCCAUUUCUGGAACCAUCGCUUGCCGCCCUCGUUGCCCCACGUCUCGCCCCAAGAGUGAGCCUGUGAGCGACGAGUGACAAAACAAACCGACCGAGUCGCAUCUGAUCUGCCUCGCUGGCUGACGGCCUGGUCUGCCUACCUUUCCGUCAUCGCCCUGGACGGUCCAGUGCUUGUCGACCCACUCGCCGUCCCCGGCCGGCCCCGCCCCCCACCUCUCGCCCCAUUGGGUGCCGUCGACUCGGCUGCCGAACUUCUCGCCCUCCUUGCUGCCGUCAGCGCGGGUCUCCCAGCGGUCCACCUGCUUCUCCAGGCCGUUGUCGUACCACCUCUCCUCCUUGGAACGACUCUCACGCACAUCCUCGAACCUAUGAGUGGGUGUGACGCACACAACAGCCGAAUUUACCGCCCUGGUAGGUCUCUCUCUCUCUGUGUGCGGUGGUCAGGACUCUUACGUACUUUUUGUCGCCCCAGCUGUUGCCCGACCCCUCCCUCCACCACUUGUCCCAGUGGCGCACCCGGAGCUUCAGUAUCUCGCGGUGCUCGUCGGUGGUGCUGGCAGAUGCAGCCUCACCCUCACUGUCGGCGGGCUUGGCGAUGCGGCCCGUCAGGCAGACGUCGGGCUUCCACGCUGUGGGGCGGGGCAGCACCUCGGUCUCGGUGCUGCUGCUGGUGGUUGUGGUGGUGGGGAGGUCGUCCCACUUUGGCUCGAAGGACUCGCCCCAUCUCUCCCCCCACGACAUGGAGUCGCUGUAACGGUGGCCGCUCUUCUCACCGUUCUUGACCUGAACAGACAGACAGACAGACAGCAAGGAUAAUCCAAGCAUGGGUGUCCUUCUGGCUCGCUUCUCUUCUUACGAUCUCUUUUGCGGUGCCCUUGAUGACGAGUCGUUUCUCUCCGUUUUGGAGUGCGGCGAUGACGGCCUUGCUGUCGUCUGCAUGCGCUGCGGCGGCGGAUGUGGUCGUGUAGACCAUGUCUUCCUCGAUGGCUGAUGGCGGGCCGUCGGGGGUGUCGAAGGCCGUACACGUCUCCCACUUGUCGAUGACCUUCUCGGUGCCGUUGUCGUACCACUUCUCGCGAUACUCCUGAAACAAACACACACCAGCACACAGCGUGUGCUUGUCGUCAUCCCACACCUUAUUGAUUUGCCUGGGUAUUGCCCCACCUACCUGUGACUUGGUGACCUUGCAUAUGGAGUCGAUGUGGUCGUCUGUGGCGGCACCGGCGCCCCUGGCGCCGCGCACAUCGAGGUGGUGGACGUCGACGGCCUUUUCGCCCCAGCUGCCGCCGUCGGGGUGCGACCACCACUUGUCGAGGAAGUACUUCUCGCGGCCGUCCUCCGCUGUCCGCUCCCACUUCUCGUUGUACUGCGUGCCGUCGUGACUCGUGCCGGCCUUCUCACCCCAUCUGAUACAUGAGCCAGCCACACACGUCGCACUAUGGGUGAUGGAUGGUGUUUGGUUUGUACCGGUGUCUUGAGUCAGCGGUUUCCGCCCACUUGUCGACCUCUCUGUCGCCGUCCCUCUCGACCCAUCUCUCGUGCCACUUUUCGCCCAGUGUGUUGCGGCCCUUCUUCUCGCCGCACUUGGUGCCGUCGGCGUUGUCGCGCCACCGGUCGGUCCACUCGUCCAGCACAUUGCCGCUGCCGUUCACCUCACGGAACCACACCUCGUUGAAUGACGUACCCUCGGCAUCUGACGAUAGAGAGACAUGGACGUGUGUUGUGGCAAAUGCUGUCCUUGCCAUUGGUUCGUGUGUAUUCACCUCUCCUGGUUCGUUUGCCCCGUCGCAGGUUGCCUUGGCGCUCCUCGAACUCGCCCUGGAAGCUGGUCUCGAUCAGGCCGUGCUCGUCACUCUCGAAGCUGUCGACCUUCUCCUUCUCAAACGAUGUGCCCUCCUGAUGGACAGGCACGUGAGGGGAAAGGACAUGACCCCUCAGGCCUCCCCCUUGUGUGUCGGUGUUUGUUGUGGGUGGUGUGGUACCUACCUGCCACUGUCUGCCGGUGAGUUCGCACUGCCCCCGCUUGCGGAUGGCCUGAGUGAUGGGGAUGUGCUUGGUGGUGUGUCCGUCCUCGGCGAUGACGGACAUGAGUGUCUCCUCGAUCUCCUCCUCCCAGGCCUCGAUGACCAUACCGUUGCGGUCCACCUUCUGCACGCUCUUGUGGAUCUUGAGCGUCAAGCCGUCCUUCUCCCACUUUUCUGUCCACCUGAGGAAUGACGCACAGUGGCUGGCUGCGGUUUGUUUGUGUUUGUUUGGUGGCUGCAGAGCUCACUUGUGUCCGUUGUCUGCGUUCCAUCCGUUGUUGCGGCCGCUGACGACCGUCCUCUCCGUCCCAUCAUCGUUGCGCACCUUGCUGGACACACAGACACAUCACACACACACACACACACACACACACAAAGCAGAGGGUGACCUUUGGUUGUGUGUUGGCUUGGUGCGGGUGGCUCCUACCGCUGUUGCUGCAUCCACUUCUCUGCCCAUGUGCCAUCGCGUGAGCGCUUCUCGCCCCAUGUCAGACCUGACUCGUUGCUGUCCCACACCUAAACAGACACACACACACACACACAAGCACACACACAGAGUCGUCAACAAAAAGCCAGCCAGCCAGCCAGCCAGACAUCUGACCGCCUCCCGCCCUCUCACCUCGACGUGUGAGUCGUGCUCGUCGACUCGCGCGGUGCUCCUCGGUGCUCUGACACGAAACCGCUCAGGAAUCCUCAGCACAGGCUGGUCUUCACCCGCAGACGACGAGGGGGCAGCCGCAUCCGUCGGUCUCUGGGCGGAGUCUUCAUCGACGGUGACUUCGUUGGUGUCUGCGUUGAUGCGAAGGCGCAGAAUGGGUGUGGGAGUGGCGGACCGCCGGCGGAUGUCGGGCUUGGACGAGUGCUCCACCGACGCACCAUCUCGGGGAGGCUGGGACAGCUGCUGCCGCCGGUUGGCAGACAUGACGACGCUCUACAGGAUCUGCUUGCUGCUUG